AUGGAUUGCAGUUCGGUGGACGAUGGUUAUUCCUGCUUAAAACGAUGUUAUCCAAGUGAUCCAGUCUGUAUCAGUAAUUAUACCCGAGAGAUAUUAUAUCAGUUCAGAGGUUUACCAUCCAUAAAACACAUAAGAUCUCCAAUCGAAGUUUCUCGUGUACGAGCGCAAAUGGAUACGCCGUUUUCAGUGGAGUAUAAGAUCGAUAAAGCGAAUCGAGACACAUUUAUGGUACAACAAGAUCGUAAUAUAGGGAUUGUAAAAAUGAUAACACCUAUCAAUGGGCCAAAAGCGGUUGUGGUAAGAUUACACCUUAAUAUCUAUUCACGGUCUCAUGUACUUCUAGCACAUAAUAUUGCUAUUAUAACUGUAUAUGUUUCACCAUAUACAUUCUGA